AUGAAGUCUUUCGCGCUCCCCAUGGCCCUUCUGGCCUCCGUCGGUCUCGCCGGCGCCCAGGUCUCUGUUAGCCAGUGUGCUAACAUGUGCCUGAGCAACAUGCUCGCCAAGGCCGACACCCUUGGUUGCGAGAAGGGUGACCUCGCCUGUCUCUGUGACAGCGAGAACUACCGCUUCGGUAUCCGCGACUGCACUUCUCAGGCCUGCCCUGACGAUGAUGCUUCUGCUGUUGUCCGUUCUGCUCUUGACAAGUGCCCUGACUCCUCCGCCAAUGGUGGUGGCGGCUCUGGCUCUGGCUCUGGCUCUGGCUCUAGCACCUCCGGCUCUGGCUCUGGCUCCGACUCUGAGCCCACUAGCACCUCUGGCUCCGACUCCGACUCCGACUCCACUGGAAGUGCCAGCGCUACCUCCACCGGCGACGGUGAUGACAGCGCUACCUCCACCAGCGGCUCUGACAGCGACAGCACCAGCACCGGCGGUGCUGGCGGUGCCUCUGGCUCCCCCUCCCCUACCGGAUCUUCCGGCGCUUCUUCCACCGGUGCUAGCAGCACCCUCGGCACCUCGGCCUCCACCUCUGGUGCUGGCUCCUCUACCUCGUCUGGCAGCGACUCCUCCUCCACUGAUGGCAGCAACUCUGACAACGGUGGCAGCGGCAGUGGAAACGGUGGUGACAGCGGCAGCGGCAGCGGCGGUAGCGGCGAGGGCAGCGGCGAUGGCAGCGGCGAUGGCAGCGGCUCUGAUUCUGACACUGGUGCUGCUACCCGUAUGGCCGUCUCCAGCGGUGCCCUUGGUGCCCUCGGUCUUGCCGCCAUCCUUGUCUUGUAA